CAAUACUUCAAUUUUCUGUCACUUUGACAUUGACAGAUAAUCGAUUGUUGCAUCGUGAUCAACACGUGCGUUUGUGUAUUUUUUAAAUAAAAUGCUAGAUAAUUAAGUUAAAAUGCCACCAUUUCGUGCAGGAUUAUUAAAAAGAAAGAUUACACCUGAAAACUCAAAGGAGUCCACAGCCAAAGAUGACAAGGACUCUACUUCAUUCGAUGAUAGCGAAGAGCUGAUCCGAGGUGACCUAGACGAUGCGGCAGACGCAACAGAUUCCGAACGAGAGGAUCAAGACGAAGCCGGCUCAGACCAUGAAACAGAAGAUGUAAUGUUCGGCGAUGAUGCAGAUUCGACUUUAGGCGAUGAAGAUGAUGCUGAAGGAUCAGAUGUAUCUUCAGAACUAACGGAUUCAGAAGCAGAUGAUGAGUCAGAGGAAAACGACGAUGAUGAUGAUGACGAAGAUGAGGAUGAUGAUGAUGAAGAGGAAUCUAAUGAAGAAGAAAGUGUUGACAGUGGAGCAGAGUCUGGGCCCGGCUUGGCACAUUCCAGUGAUGAUUCUGAGAAGAAAGUGGAAAAACAAAAACCAAAAGUUAAAGCCCAGAAGCAAAAGCAAGACAAACAGAAAGGAACUAAGAACAGUGUUGAAGAGUUAACAGAUAAAAUCAGGGAGACCAGUGUUAACAUUAGGCCAGUAGAACAAAAAGAUGAGUACGAGUCGGGCGACACGUCGGACGAGGAGGAGCGGCGCAACACGGUGGGCGACAUCCCGAUGUGGUGGUACAACGAGUACCCGCACGUCGGCUACGACCUCGACGGCCGCCGCAUCAUGCGCCCGCCGCAGCGCGACCAGAUCGACGAGUUCCUCAAGAAAUGCGAAGACCCCGACUUCUGGCGCACAGUGCGCGACCCGCAGACCGGGCAGGACGUGCGGCUCAGCAAGGAGGACCUGGAACUCAUCCAGCGCAUCCGCGCCGGCCACGUGCCCGACCCCAACCACGACGAGUACCAGCCGUGGGUGGAGUGGUUCAGUCGCGAAGUAUUAGCGACGCCGCUGCGCGCGUUCCCCGAGCACAAGCGCUCGUUCCUGCCGUCUCGCACGGAGCAGCUGCAGGUGGCCAAGAUCGUGCACGCGCUCAAGAUGGGCUGGACCAAGACGCGCAAGCAGAUCGCCGACGAGAGGAGGAAGAAGCGGGAGAAGAACUUCUACAACCUGUGGGGUUCUUUGGCGAACGACGAGGAGGAGCGGCUCCGCGGGAUCCACAAGCACAUCCCCGCGCCGCGCCGUCCGCUGCCGUCACACGCCGAGAGCUACAACCCGCCGCCCGAGUACCUGCUCGACUCCAAGGAGAUGAAAGAGUGGAACAAGCUGAGCGAGACGCCGUGGAAGCGCAAGUACACGUUCCUCCCGCAGAAGUUCGCAUCACUGCGCGCCGUGCCCGCCUACGAGCGCUUCAUCCGCGAGCGCUUCCUGCGCUGCCUCGACCUCUACCUCGCGCCUCGAGCCAUCAAGAUGAGGCUAACGAUCAGCCCCGAGGACUUAGUGCCGAAGCUGCCGUCGCCGCGCGACCUGCAGCCCUUCCCCACGCAAGAAGUGCUGCGGCUGACCGGACACGAGGGCGCCGUCCGGAGCGCGGACUUCGACCCCUCCGGACAGUACAUCGUGUCCGGAUCCGACGACGGCACGGUUAAAGUGUGGGAGACGAGCACCGGGCGUUGCUUGCGAAGCAUCCGUCUCGGCGAGGGUGUGACGCGCGUGUGCUGGGGGCCCGCGCCCGGCCUCAGCCUGGUGGCCGCCGCCGUCGGCAACCGGCUGCUGCUGCUCAACCCUGGAGCGGACAUCGGAGCACACAGAGUGGCGGAGCGAACAGACCGCUUGCUGGACGAGCCGCCGCCGGCGCACGACAUCGCCAUGGACGAGCGUACGAAGUCGUGCGUGACGUGGGACCGCGUGAAGCCCGAGGAGUGGGCCAUCGGCGUGCGUAUCGCCGUCACACACUUCAAACCCGUCAUACAUGUGGCGUGGCACGGGCGCGGCGACUACGUGUGCUGCACGGUGCGGGACGGCGCGUCGCGCGCGGUGAGCGUGCACCAGGUGUCGCGGCGCCGCAGCCAGCUGCCCUUCCGCCGCAGCAAGGGGCUCGUGCAGUGCGCGCUCUUCCACCCCACCAAGCCGCUGCUCUUCGUGGCCACGCAACGGGCGGUGCGCGUGUACGACCUGGUGAAGCAGGAGCUGGUGCGCAAGCUGCUGACGGGCGCGCAGUGGGUCAGCACGCUGGCCGUGCACCCCAAGGGCGACAACCUGCUCGUCGCCUCCUACGACCGCAAGUGCAUGUGGUUCGACCUGGAGCUGUCGUCGAAGCCGUACCAGACGCUGCGGCUGCACGGCAAGGCGGUGCGCGCGGCGGCGUUCCACGCGCGCUACCCGCUGUUCGCCACGGCCGGCGACGACCCCUACAUCGUCGUGUCGCACGGCAUGGUCUACAACGACCUGCUGCAGAACCCGCUGCUGGUGCCGCUGAAGCAGCUGGGCAGCGGCGCGGCGGCCGACGCGCUGCACACGCUGGACGUGCGCUUCCACCCCGCGCAGCCCUGGCUGCUGGCCGCCUGCGCCGACCGCACGCUGCGCCUCUACUCCUAGCUCCUAGCUCCUAGCCCAGAACAAUACAUAUUCUAACUAAAUACAA